AUGGAUCACAAAAGUAGUGAAAUGGAAGAAUCUAUUCCAAAAGUUGCUCUAGAGGCAAUUCUCCACGAAAAUGUGGAAGUUACAGAUGAUAUGCUUCCAGUUAAAGGGAUUCACUAUGAAAAGGAUUUAAAGAUAGAUACGCUGCUGGAGAAGUUUAAAAACUUCGGAUUCCAAGCAACAAAUCUAGGAUUUGCGUCAGAAAUGAUAGAAAAGAUGCUAUCCUGGCGUCUCUCAGAUGAAGAAGUGACAGAAGAUGAGGUAGGAACGCCAUAUGAGGACCCGGAAGUGAGAAGGAGGACGAAGUGUACAAUAUGGGUGUCCUUCACGUCGAACAUGAUAUCGUGCGGACUGAGGGAAGCGUUCGUGUACAUGGCGAAGAAUAAGCUGGUGGACGUGUUCGUGACGAGCGGAGGAGGAGUGGAGGAGGACCUGAUCAAGUGCCUGGGAAACACGUACAUAGGAAAGUUUAACCUCGACGGAGCGGACCUGAGAGAGAAGGGCUGGAACAGAAUAGGAAACCUGCUCCUGCCAAACGAAAACUACUGCGCAUUCGAAGACUGGCUGCAGCCAAUACUGGACGAUAUGCACAAGGAGCAGGUGGAAAAGGGAAAGAUAUGGACGCCCUCGUCGUUCAUAGACCUCAUGGGAGAGAGAAUCAACGACGAGUCCUCGCUGUACUACUGGUGCCACAAGAACAGAAUCCCAGUAUUCUGCCCAGGACUGACGGACGGGUCGAUCGGAGAUAACCUGUACUUCCACACGUACAGAAAGGACGCGCCGGACACGCUCUACCUGGACGUGGUGAAGGACGUGAGGACAGUCAACGAUCUGGCGGUGAAGUGCAAAAAGUCAGGAAUCAUCAUACUGGGCGGAGGACUGCCGAAGCACCACGUGUGCAACGCGAACCUGAUGAGGAACGGAGCCGACUACGCAGUGUACAUCUCGACGGCGCAGGAGUACGACGGCUCCGACUCGGGAGCGAACCCGGACGAGGCAGUCUCCUGGGGAAAGAUAAAGGCUCACACGGACCCAGUGAAGGUGCACGCGGACGCGUCACUAGUCUUCCCACUGCUGGUGGCAGGAGUCUUCAAAAAGCACGAGAAGAGACAGUACGAAUAA